GUCCAAGCAGCUGAGGCAUGGCUGACUCCCGUGGAACAAGACCUUGUCCAACGUCGGAUGAGUGUUGUACAUGAUGAUGGCAGGGCCCAUCGCUGUCCUCGUUCACCUGACGUCUUCGAGGAGGGGUCCUCGAGUUGUAAAGACAUGUACGCUGGUCGACAGCCCAGCGGAGUAGAUAUACCAGCAGAGGAGCUUAAUCCAGAAGCUCAAUGCCGUCAGUUAGAGUUGUACUCAGAUAGACAGCUCAAUAUACUUCGGGUUCUGAUGAACGACCCUGACUUUGACUUGAGUGCCCAGGACCAGUUGUUGUCCUACUGGCAUGAUUUGAAGGCUCAAUGACAUGAGCCUCCUAAGGAUACUCAGUCAAUGAGUAAAGAACCCGUGGCUAA